AUGUCCCUUCCACACGAUAUUCGCUUCUAUUCACCCUAUGCAAAGAGGUGCGUGUAUGCGGCGUCACGGAAACGGCGCCGCCAACAAAGACAAGCAGUCUGCCACCUCCCUUCGCCACCUGCUUUCACCUCCGCCGCCCCUCCGCUUCCGCCCCCUACUACCAUCCGUCACACCCGCUCAGCCAGCCGUCCGCUGCUCUCUCUGGUGACUACUUCUAUCGAUCCACGCGACUCGCCCCCGUACGCCCCCGCACCAUCUCACCGCACACCCAUCUCUGCACGCGCCCCACCCCCAGCCUCUCCGCACCCUCGCAUGGACCUACGACCACACCAUUCCUGCGACGCCGGCACCCGCGCGCACUCCGCCGCACCCCUCAUCCGCGCCCCGCUCCCCGACAACGCUCCCCCAGGCACCGUCCCGGCGCGGCCCCCCGCAGACCCCACGUCGGCUACGCCCCUGCUCGCAGACCUCCUCGCCGCCCCGACCUAUCCCCCACUCUGA